AUGAAACCAAGGGUACUCAUCUUACGGACUGCAGGCACUAACUGCGACGCAGAAACGGAUAUGGCGUUCCAAUUUGCUGGGGCAGAUACAGCGUUAGUCCAUAUCCAACACCUUAUAUCAGACAAAGUUAACCUUGCCGACUAUCAAAUCCUCGCGAUCCCCGGUGGAUUCUCCUACGGCGAUGACAUUGCGGCGGGUAUCCUGUUGGCAGUCGAGAUGAAACACAAACUGACGAACGCCCUGAAUCGAUUUGUCGAAGAUGGCAAGUUAAUAAUUGGCAUCUGCAAUGGGUUUCAGGUGCUUGUGCGAACAGGCUUACUGCCCGGGAACGAUACCUCAGAGAUGACGCAGCGCGCGACGUUAGCGAUGAAUACCUCAGCAAAAUUCGAGUGUCGGUGGGUGGAUUUGGAAACACAGGAGAGCCUGUGCGUCUUUACAAAAGGCGUUAAAGCCCAAGUUUAUCUCCCCGUCGCGCACGCCGAAGGUAGAUUUACUGCACCAGCAAAUGUGCUGUCAGAAUUAGAAGCGAACCAUCAGGUCGUGUUUCGGUACGCCGAGAGUAGAUACCCCAACAAUCCGAACGGCUCCGAUAGCAAUAUCGCCGGUAUUUGCGAUGCAACAGGCAAAAUUUUUGGAUUAAUGCCUCACCCAGAACGGUUUCUGACAAAAUGGAAUCAUCCACGCUGGACACGACUUGUUAAAACCCAAGACACCUGUUCCGAAGAAGGCGACGGAUUGGUUAUCUUCAAAAACGCGGUUAAUUACGUCAAGGCGAAUCUUUUGUAG